AUGGGCAACAGAUCCUUGGAAGCAACAAGCACCCAACACCUAGGCACGCAAGUCCCAGGUACCAACAACCAGCCAUGCCCAAAGCCAAGGUGCGAACAACUAGCGUACCUGACCAGGAACAAAGAGCCCCGUAUGUACCUUGGCACGGCUAUCUUAACACCAGGUUAUCGGAACCCAAUCCGUAGAUCUACAUCUGCAAGUACGUUGUACGAGUACCUGAACACAGUGGAUGUUCCAGAGGAGUCAGAUGACUCCCAUACAGUGCACCACGGUGAGGUGGACAGAUGCAUCUCAGUUGCUGAGGAGGGGGGUUGGGGUCCAAUAAGAUUGGGGUAA